AAAACUACAACUACAAAGGAAAUUCUCUGUAUGAUUACGCGCUAGCACUUAACAAUAGCUACACUAAUUACACAAACUUCAAGAACAAAAUCAGAAGAUCCCAGUGAGGUAUCCUCGGCUAAGGGUCGACAUAUGAAACGUCCCCUUAGAAAAAUUAUACAUGAUUGUGCUUAAACUGACACACAAUAUUUUUAGCGCAACGCAAUCUGACUUUCAGUAAUCCCUACAAAAGAAUGGCCCUGACUAACAAUAACCUAUACCUUUCAUGAAUUCUUACCUCACAAAAAUCUUCGUUACUCGAACUACUGCAAUACAGAGAGCGCCAAUACUGCUAGCUAAAUAAAAGACUCUAACUACUGAAGGCACUAACUACUGAUAGGCAUAGUUAGCAAAUGAAAGUUUUUGAUAGAGAAAAAAAAAUGUAUUUACCUUACUAAUGUUCAAAAGCGAUGAUAUAUAUCUGUUCAUGACAUCCAGUCUUACAAAUUUGCUGUCUCUGUCCAGAUCAUCCGCUCUCAAAACUCCGCCAUCUCACUCCCCACAUCCACCACUGCUGGCGGCUCACCUCCAACUGCGCAACGCUACGCGCUGUUAACAUCCAGCUGCCCAACACUACAAUGGCAGACAACAAUGCAAACUAGAAACAGAUUGCAACAGCACAGCCAUCGAAUAUGCAGAGCACCAUGACGACCAUCAUACAGUGCGAUACCAUCGACUGCAGCGCUCCUUUGGUACAUACACAUGCCGCCUGAAGGAAGUAACAAUCAGACUUUGCCCAGCGUUGACUGGCAGACAAGUCUACCUGUUUCCAGGUCAUUGAAGCCGGCCGGGUGUCAGCUGAUAGCGGAGGAGCUCACACGGAAGGAUCAGUCCAUUGGGCUGGAGGUCGGUGACGUUGGCGCUGACGUAGUGGAGACGUGCUGCGAGCAAAACGUGACUAUUGUUGUGCUGCUUGUCAUCGUCAUCAUGGUCUUCGCAAUCGGUUUGACCUUGGUGAUUGGGUACAGGCACAACGCGCACAAUGCGUCACCAAGCACUGAUGUCAGGGUAACCGAAUCGAUGACAAAAGGUGUAUCCCUGAACUUGAAGGAAAAUACAGAAAACGAACAAGAGAUCAAGCCUGGUAGGUCCCAAGAGUCUGGACAAAAAGUGAAAAACAAGAAGGAGAAGCGCUGCAAGGAUACAAAGGAUUGCAGCAGUUUGCCCUCGAAAAACGAUGAAUUGCCUAAGCGUCCAUAUAAACCUCAAAAUUCCUCUGAGGAGCAAAUUUCAGGACCCUGUCAACAUACUCUAGGCACAAGCACUGACUCACUUCCUAGUCGUGCAAGUUUUGGGCACACCGAAAGAACAUCUAUCGCUGCAACAACUGUAUGCAGUUGUAUCCAGCCACGAAAUAAACGAUCUUCUGGAACAUGAUCUUUCAGAAGUUGCUGAAUGAGAUCAUACCGAAAAUCUUCUAGUGUGAAGAAAAACGAAAUCUAUGAAGAAAUACAUCAUGACUUAUACUUUCAUUUUCUUCUGUUUCAUCAUUGAAGGCGAGUUGGGUGAACCUUACUAAAUAAUUAGCAUGUAGUUUUUAAAUUAUUUGAUGAUAUUUAUUCGUUUUUAUUUAAUAAGUAAAUGAAGGAAAUCGUUAUCAGUCAUAACAUUUUGGUUAUUAAUGAUUCACAGAAACAUUAUUUGUAAAUGUAAAAGUAUAUGUGACCGAAAUCAUGCAUGUAGUAACCAAAUGAAAUUUAUGUUAUCACCUGCACCCUUCCAAUAUCUACUACAAUUAACUGUAUUUGACCUAUUGACCUUUCAAAAGAAAUUUUAAUAACAGUUUGCCUUCGCUUACAAUGUAUAUAAUACAAAACAAUAUUCCUACAUUACUAUUUAUAUUUGAUUAAAGAUGAGCUGGGUGUUUAUUCAAAAUACUACAUAUAAAAAUGUUUAACAUGCAAAUAUUAUGUGCUCAAAUAUUAUACCACAUAUUAUAUGUCUGAAUAAU